CAGAUGUUUCUAGAAAAGCAUCAGAGACUGAAAUGAAAAUGAUAAAAGACAUGGUCAGUGUCUCUUCAAUGAUGUUGUACACUGGUAAUGAAUUGAAGACACGUACAGAACCUGGGAUUGCAGAUCAAUUAACAAUUUGCCCAACAGCGAGCGGCAUAUUUGAAUCCACAGCAACUGCUAAACAAACAGAUCAAACCCAGCUGGAAAGGGAGUCUACUUUCGAGACGCCAUCAAAGGAUAAGGCAAUGGGAGGAAAAACGUUUGCCUGUCCACCCACACAAUGUGUGCCAUCUUGCGUGAAGACUGAAACUGAAUACAAACAGUCCACUUUCUCCGAAGUCUGUCCCAGUCUCACAAGAAUUGCUGGCAUGCCGUCUAAAUUGCCUGUAAAAGAGAAACACUGGCUCCUCGAUCCAAAGCCAAUCUGGGAGAAACAAUCAAAAAUAAAUGUAAUAUUCAUGCCAUAUGCAUCAAAGGAUGAUACAAAGGACACAAAGGAAAUGGUCUUAAUGCUACCCUCUUGUCCCAGAGAGGCCAAACAUCCAGGGUUCCCAUCUGCACCACAAAACAGUUCAAAUAUGGCGGAUAGUUACCCUGGUAGUUCAAGUGUGUCCAGUAAAGCUGGUUUACCAUCUAUCAGUAACAGAUCAUUGGUAUCUCAACAGGAACCACUUCUGCAAAAGAAAACUGACCUUGUUGUCGUACCAGCGUCAAUAAAAGAAGAGAACAUUGAACUAAUGAGAGCUUUGUUACCAACCUGCCCAAAAUAUUCUUGCAUACCAGUCAUCCCUUCAAUUCCACAACAUACGAUAGCACAUUGCGGAUCAGAUAUGAUGAGCCUUUUCAGCUCUUGCCCCAAAACUUCUUGUAUUGAAUGUGUUCCAUCAUUAAAAGAACAUAUGAGCAAAAGCUGGUCUACAGAUCACAAACCUUUAGUGGAAAUAUAUUCAAAAAUACAUGUAGUCAUGAUUGAAGAGAGACCUUACCAUGAAGACAUGAGGGCCAUGUCAGCUUUAGCUCCAACUUGUCCAAAAGAAGCUUGUAUCCCUGGAUUUCCUUCGGAUCAGGAACCUACAGUAAGCUAUAACAGAUUUAGUAGGGUCAAUCUCCUUCAAUCUUGCCCAGCUACCUCAAGUAUGGUGGGUUUUCCUUCGAUGCAGAACACUGACAGCAAAUAUUGGAACACUGUUUAUCAGCCAUUAUGUGAGAAGCAAAUGAAACGGGAAUCUGUAUUACUACUGGGGGACGCUAACAUGGACAAAGACAUGAAAGGAGUUGUUUCUCUUGCACAAAGUUGCCCAAGAGAAUCACUAAUCCCGGGCUUUCCCUCUGUCCCCAAACCGAGGAAGAUUGAUGUUGUUGACAUGACAAAUAUGGUCAGCCUUUCAAGCUCAUGCUCACAAGCAUCACAAAUACCCGGAUUUCCAUCAUCUCAUACUUCAAAAGAUUGGAAAGUGAGCAGGAAACCAUUAUUUGAACCACAUUUGAAAGAAAAGCAGGUGUUGUUGAUUGACAAAUGUGUAGUUCAAAAGAAAUCAAUGAAAGCAAUGGUUUCUCUUGUACCAUCCUGUCCAAAAGAGGCACGUGCACCAGGAUUUCCUUCUAAUCCAAAUUACAGAACUGUGUGUAGUGAACCAAAUAUUAUCAGCAUUUUUACAUUGUGCUCACAAGCCUCCAAAAUACCUGGAUUUUCUUCAGUUAAUGUGGAUAUGAGUGUAGGAUGGGUAGCAGAAAAGGGGUCAUUGCUGAAGAAGUUACCAAAGAAGAGGGUCAUAUUUGACACACCAAAUGGCAGCAAAAAGAUAAUGAAGAAUAUGGUUUCCUGUGUACCAUCCUGUCCUAAAGUGUCAAGUAUCCCUGGUUUCCCAUCUAUUCCAAAUCCAAAAAAGGUGUAUUGUGGACUAAAUGUAGUCAACCUCCUUCCCUUGUGCCCCUUGGUGUCUAUCAUACCUGGAUUUCCAUCAGUCGAAGAUCACAAGGAAGAAGGAUGGGGUGCCGAACUGGGUUCAUUGAUGCAAAGACCUCAAAAGAAUAUUCCGUUUCUGAAUAACAGCUCACCAAUUAAUGUAGACAAAUCCAAAAACAUGUAUGCUUUGGUUCCUUCUUGCCCAGUAUCAUCAAAGAUUCCAGGCUUCCCAUCCGUCUCUCAAUACAAUAUGCUGAGUCUUGUACCUAUUUGCAAUAGUGUGUCCAAUCUCCCUGGAUUUGCAUCCUUUGUAGGGGCCUCAAUAUUACAAUGGCCUCCUAAUCCACAUGCAUUGUGUGAUAAGCCUAUAAAGAGCACUGUUUUUGUGAUACACAGUCCAAAUCAAGAUGUAGUAACUGCGAAGACGAUGUUUGCCUUAGCACCAUCUUGCCCAGAAGCACCCAGAAUCCCUGGCUUCCCCUCGGCACCUCAAACUAAAUCCAAGAUUGAACCCAAUAUGAUACGCUUUGUACCUAGCUGCUCUAUUGCUUCAAGUCUCAAAGGGUUUGCGUCCAUGACUACACACCCAAGCACAGGGUGGCUAAAUGAAACAAAACCAAUUUUGAUAAAGCUUCGGGAGAAGAGGGCACCGAUGAUGAUGUCACUUGCUGGACAGGAUGAGCUAAAUUGCUACAAUAUGAAGGGCAUGGUGACAUUAGUGACAACCUGCCCUAAAGAGGUCAGAGCAUGUGGUUUCCCUUCUGCUCAAGUUGUGAACAGACCACCAAACAUGGUCAGCUUAUACACAUCUGCACCAUGUGUUUCAUGUAUCCCAGGAUUUCCAUCAGCGAGGAGGCUUAGUUCUGAAUGUACAAAUAUACCAUCUAAGACAACACACAGUAAGCCACUGUUUGAAAAGCAGCAGAUUGAGAAGCAUCUAGUCAUUGCAAAUCUUCAAGCCAAAGAAAAACAUGAACAAGAUGAACCAAAGUAUAUGGUAGCAAUUGUCCCAUCAUGUCCGAAUUUAACUCGAAUCCCUGGGCUCCCCAGCAUUUCCCAAUUGAGUCCAACAGAGAAGGAAACAUUGACUAUUCCAUUCCCUUGUUGUACAGAAAGGGUUACACCACAUGAAUUGCCUCAUGUACAGUCAACUCAGUCGCACCUCAAGGACCCAAUAACUCCUGGUGUUCCCUCUACAUCUUUUAGCCUCCCCAGCACAGAACUUGCAAAUGAGGAGAAAUUCAAAGGCAGUGCAAAGCAAAGCAUAGACCUAUUUGUAGAUCAUGGCAAAUCACACAUAGAAAGAGGUGUUGCAGAGAAAGCCCAGACAAGGAAAAGAACAUUGGACCCAUCAGACCCAGCAGGAGUCUUGGAUUGGGAAGUAGUGGAGGCAGAGGGAAUAGUUACAGAAAAACAGACCAAAUCCUUUUUGUCAGCAAAAGAGGAAGAGUCUUCAGGAUUAGUAAAUGUUAUUGCGGGUGUUUUCCACAAAGGUUAUGAAACAGUAGCAUCCAUUUUGGGGCCAUCUGGCUCCGCUCUAGCUGAAGUGGAGCACCAACCGAAGGCUGUCUCUUCUAUGGAUCUGAAAGACAAGAGAGUGACCCCUUCAGAUGAGUCUUCAAAGCAUUUUGUGGACAACACUACUGCCAUACAAAAGAUAGAGGGCCAGUUUCAAGACGUUCCCCCCCAACAUAACACCGAAUAUCUCACAAGUGCUGAGCCUUACAUGUUGGACUCUCCAUCACCUACCAGCGAAAGUGAUGACGGGAUUUCGGUUUGUUUAAACAUGAAGAAAUGGCCACCACUGACUGAGGCAGAUAUCUCUAAAAUAUCAGAGGAAGAUGGUGAGCAAGUACAAGAGGCAUUUCUUGAUCAUACAAAGGAGAGAUCACUCACAGGGCACGACUCUGAUCAAACACCUGUAGACGAUGGAAGUUUGUUAGCAAGGCACCAGACUGAGACAGAACAGGAUGAGGUUAGGACAGUGUCAACUUUUCCACAGCUGGAUAAAGGACCUCAACAAACACAUAUGGAAGGAGUUUCUGCCACUUCCCAGCAGCCUACAUCAAAUGAGUCACUGACAGGUACAAAUGUUCACAAGGAGAUGCCCAUGGACAAGCCUGCAGGUUUUCAGGACAUAAGUCCAAUUGGACCACAAGCUGACUUUGCUGUCCCUCAGCGAGGCAGAAAGCCAAAGAGAAAAGUUCCAGACCCUCAGAAGAAAAUGUUUGAUCAGAAAGACAAAACAGUACCAGUACGACCUCUCCGACGGAAGGAUAGUUUGACACCAGACCGCAAACAUAAAACUGACAGUUUGACAGUCAAGCCCCUACCUGAGGUUGUUCCAGUCCAGUCUGAAGGAAGAAAUGCUGCUGAUGAGAUACAACCUGCAACUGAUCCAUGUUGCAACCUCAACAAACAAGACACAAGCACUGCUCUUGAUGUACCUCAGAAUGCUCAUGUUCAAGAUGAACCAAACACAGGGGACUAUAGGCAGAAAGAAGAAACAAAAUCAGUUCAAUCUAUUGUUGUUGUUGCACCUCCUCGUGUGAAAAGAAGAGAUAGCAGUUUGCCACCUGUAAAGCCUCCGAGGAGAAAAGGAAGUGUCACUAGAGACUCAUCUGUUCGAAAAACUAAUGACCAACAACAUUUGAAAGCCCAAGUCAGUUGUUCUUUGAACACUACGGGUCCAGUUUCUUCUCAACCUUGUGAGAGUAGCUCUGGCGCUCCAUGUACUGGAGAAGAUUCUGUUGGGAGUGCCUCUCUCCAGACAGACGCAGAACUGGUCGGCUCAAAGCAAACCUCUUCUACCCCAGGAUCGCCCAAGAAAGACAGUAAUGCAACUGUCCAGGCCUCUUUUCCAAAGGAAAUUGAGAGCAUCACACCAAAGCAAGAGCCAGAUACAUUUUGUGCUAAGCAAACUGCUUAUCUCUCCAUUAUCAAAAAGAUACGUCUUCCAAAACGCAACAAGAAAUUGACCUCAAGCAAAUCUGGGAAAAUUGAAACUGACGAGAUGUCUGUAAAACCCGUCCAGAUCGAAAACGCAAUAGAAGAAAUAAAGCAGACAAACAAUGCUGGUGACGCAUCUGUUGAUAAAAGCAACACCACAUAUUGUCAGAAAUCACAGGAUGCAUCAGAGAUAGCAGAAUCAGAAAUGGGCAAACAAACAACCCUUCAAACCGUUACAGCUAUGGCAAGCACGUCUACAGUUUCUCAUGUUGAAGAUGCAGAAAGGGAAGGGUGUCCUUCAUCCCUUUCCUCAACAACUAAAGAAUGGUCAAUGGUGCAACACAGCAAAGGCGUCCCCUCUCCUCUGGGUGAUAAACCUUCUACAUCUACUGAAGAAGAUGCUCCUGUAAAGUUGAGGAGAAGCAGGUUGAUCAUUGAAAGCAUUGUUCAAGUAGAGGAUGGUCAUAUUUCUGAGAAACCAUCAGGAGCUUCAAGCUUGCCCGUACCGAAACCACGAGUAAAGAAACGUCUUAGUGGUUCCUUUCCAGAUGACAUUACAAUCUCUGGUUCAUCACCUUCCUGCCAGGAAGACAAAGUAACCGACAACACUUGUCUUGGAUCAGUCCAACAGAAUAAACAGUCAAGCUUGCCUGUGCCGUUGCCACGGGCCAAGAAACGUCUAAGUGCAACUUAUUCAGAUAGCCCACCACCUGUAGACAAUGCAUUCCCCAUAGAAAUGGAAUUAUCUCAGAUAAACCUUGAGGAUACAUCUGCCACUAGCAAGGAAACAAAGGGAGACUCAACAUCAUUGGAUUCAAGUGUGAUCUCUGAAGUCCCGGUCCAAGGAGAAGAUGGUGCUGCAGUGUCAGAGUUGGAACAGGGAAUGCUAGAAGCAAUGGGAGAAGAGGACUUUACUCUGGUAAACUCUGUUGAAGAUACUGAGAAGGCUUUGGAUGAAAUCAUUAAAGGAUGGACCUUUACAGAAAAACCUAUUUCAACACGUGACUCAGAGAAUGCUGCAAAGUUGGGGUCUGAGCAGGCGGACAUUGAAAAGGUCCUGGGAGGAGAGGUCGAUAUGUCCCUUGCUUCCACUGUUGCAUCUUCUCAGGAUGACUGGCUGCAUGUAGCCAAUGAUAAAGACAAUGAUAAAGACAAUGAUAAAGACAGUGAACUAACGGAAAUAAACUCAAGGAAGGAAAUGAGGGACGAAGAGUUGGACUUUGGCUUUGAGUCUGUAGAUGUAGACACUGGUUGUUUACAGGAGGAAAGGAAAAGAGAGAAGUCAGCUGCUGCCAUCCAUCGAGGGGGUGAGCCAACGACACCUCAGAAAAUACCUGCAGAUGGGGCUGCCUCUAUGGAAGGCUUUUCGCCCAGUCCCAGCUUAGUAACAUCCAGUCAGUCUCUACUUGACUGGUGUCAGGAAGUCACACAGGGUCACAAGGGAUUGAAGAUCACCAACUUCAGCACCUCCUGGAGAAACGGCCUCGCGUUUUGUGCCAUCUUACAUCACUUCCAACCAGAAAAGAUUAAUUAUGAAAUGCUGGACCCCUAUGACAUCAAGAUCAACAACAAAAAGGCUUUUCAUGGCUUUGCAGAACUAGGCAUAUCGAGGCUAAUGGAGCCUUCGGACAUGGUCAUGCUAGCAGUGCCUGACCGCCUCAUUGUCAUGACCUACCUCAACCAGAUCCGCACCCAUUUCACGGGCCAGCAGCUCAGUGUGCUCCACAUAGAAAGGGACAGCAGCGAGUCCAGCUAUGCAGUAGCAGGGGACAGGGAUGUUCAAGAGGACCCAGAGGCCACCGCUCGCUACUGCGCCCAGAGGCUACAGGAGGGGGGCAAAAGUCUGGAGACCAAUGGGACUGCAGCUGCAGCAGAGUCGGACAGUAACACCGGGGAGGUCCUUCCACCUCCCAGAACCAAACGGGUUGCUGGAGCAGGUGGGGCUAAGUUACCAGUGGCCCCACCAAGGACUCACUUCCUGUCCAAGACUGGUUUCUCUCAUGUCAAAGACGCUGAUCUGGUCAAGAAGCGUAGGUCACAGCGAAGGAGUGGGUCAUUAGAAGAAGGAGACAUAUCAGUGGUUGUUGAGGGGCAAGAAGACAGUAUAAUCAGUCGGAGGAAGUCGGACACUGAGAGAACAGAGGCUGUGUUUGAACCAGAAGGCCAGGACCCCAGCCAGUAUGUGCUGAGUCAGAUGGAGGCCCUGGAAGCGGAGCAAAAUCAUAUUGAUAACAGAGCGGGUGUGGUCGAGAGGAAACUCAGACAACUGCUAGAAACAGGCAGUGACAAGUUGGAGGAGGAGAGGUUGAUUCAGGAAUGGUUCAUGCUUGUCAACAAGAAGAACGCUUUAAUCAGGAGGCAGGACCAUCUGCAGCUGCUGCUGGAGGAACAGGAUUUAGAAAGAAAGUUUGAGCUGUUAAACAAAGAGUUGAGGGACAUGAUGGCGAUGGAAGAGUGGCAGAAGAGUCAGGACCAGAGACACAGAGAGCAGCUGCUACUCCAGGAGCUGGUGUCCCUGGUCAACCAGAGGGACGAACUGGUCCAGAACAUAGACGCCAAAGAGAGAGGGGCUGUGGAGGAAGAAGAGCGCCUGGAGCGAGGCCUGGAGCAGCGGAGGAGGAAGUACGCCAAACAGCAGAAAGAAAAGUGUGUGAUGCAGUGAUUCUGUCAGCCUCCAGCAACAAAACGGUCUCACUACCUGAAAGAAAACGGGGAAGACACAACCAGGAACGGUGCGGUCGUGUUGGUUCCCCUGCUGUCAGGCUGAUUGGUGUGGUUUUAAGUCGGCAGUCAGAGGAUAUUUAUACACAGGAAGUUAAAUGUGAUCAAUAGGAGCUGGAUGUGUUUCCAAUGGAGACUCGGAUGGCCCCAAACCACAGAGAGGCUAUGUUUAGGCUCUGUAACGACAUUUUAUUUUGGUUUGUUUCCCCUUUUUAAAUGUGCAAUCAAAGUGGGCAGUAGAUUUAUUUCCUCAAAUUCAAUGUCCAUGUCCAUUUACCUAACCCAGGAUUCAGCACCCGUUGAGCAGAAGCCCUUCAGAGCCUUCACCGAGCUGCUUGUUCAUCCGGACCGUGUGCUUUGCUGUGUUUAUAGUGACUAACAGAUCGUGAAAGUGUGUUUGAUAAAAAGUGUCUGUAUGAGACUGUAAAUGUUUGGGAGAGAUAAGAGCUGGCUACGGCAGGAGAGAGUCGGUUGUUAUUAAGGUUCGGCAGCAUUUCUGACAUGUUGUGAAUUUUAGCUGCAGACUACCUAGUGCCAGACCAUUCAUAAAAUCAGAGAUUCAGCAGUUCCUGGUGACUGUUAAUCACGGCAGGGUCAGAAAGCCCUUCAAAAAUACCAUAUUGAAUAGCAAAUCUCUCACAAUGUAACGCUAUAACACACUGCUGUUACCUCCUGAAACCAUUUCUAUCAAUACUUUUGGAUCCUGGAUCUGGAUAAGGUCUGUUUAAAGGGACAGUUUACGUACAAAAAAAAACGUAAAACAUUUUUUCACAGCACAGAAGAAAGCAUGCGAGCAGCUCAAGGUUGCGUGAGCUAUCUUACGUCACAGCUCCCCUGAACGGACGACUGUCCCUUUAAUUCACAUUUAAAAACAGCAAGGUUCAGAAAGCAGAUUGUAGUUAAGGGUAAAAAAGGACUUAAGGUUAUAGACAGAUUUUGAUCUUGUUGAGUGAGUACAACAACGUGUGUGCAAAAACAAGUAUAGGUCACCAAAAUUGCCUUAUUAAAGGAUGUUUUACAUUAUGAAAACAAACGUUUAACCACCCCUGUUUUAGGCCAGAAUUUUAACGCAUGGCAAAUUCCAUUGAGAAUGAAUUUCGCUCAUGUCCUCUCCAUGUUUGAAUAUUUUCAUUGUUGAAAAAAUACAUUUAAAAUGUUACGUUUAAAUGUUUGCAUCCUAUUGUAUGAUAGGAUAACGUUGCAAAUUGAAUGCAAGGAUAAGAAAAGCAGCCAUGGGACGGAUCAGAUAUUCUAAAUAACUUAUUGGAAUGAUUUAAAGUUUUACUAUUUAUUCAAGACAACUGUAAAAUGGUAAUUGUUGUAACCAAAGCCAUCGCUUAGUGCAGCAUUUCAAUGUGUAGAGAAUGUUCACACAGGAGCAUGUGUCCUCUCUGUAAACUGAUUCAAAUCAUGACAUUGAUAUUUCUAUAGACUUGUACAUUUAGGAUGUUUCUUUUGCCGACUAUUAGGAAAAUGUUCUGAUACGUGUUUGUUUCAAAACAUUCAAUGAGUCCUGACAUUUAUUUUUCCUAUUCAAGAAAUUCGAAAUACUUUUACAUUAUGCAAAUGUCUUUUUUGUAAUUGAAAGCAGAAGAUGUGAAUGUCUCUCAUGAUCUUUGUUAGCGCAAUAUCAACAUUAGCUUAAAGUGUUGUUGCACUUUGACUUCAGUACGAGGAUGUUCUGUGAUGUUUUAGGCCUGAGGUUUUGUUUUACUUUUUAAAGUUUGCAGUUCUCAUGUUUCCAAAAUCUCUGGUGCGAGCAGCUCCGUGCACCUCGUGUGUGAAGUGGUUACAACCUGUUUAAAUGAUUGCUAUUUUUUGUGGUUUUAAUGUUGCACUUGCACUAUUUGUAAAGUCUGGAAAAUACAAAUGAUUGAAUGCCUUA